UGUGUGUGUGCGCUUGUGUGUUUGGUCUAUCCUUACCAGGUACACAUAUAGUGUGUGCUUGUGUGUUUGGCCUCUCCUUACCAGGUAUUGAUGAAUUCUACAGCUAUAUAUAUAUACACACACGCAAUAGAGUGUUUGUAUGUAUCAAUGAUAGUAGUCAUAUGGUCUCUCCACCAUGAACAACCACCAUCAGCCCUCUUUUCCCUUUUACCCCUGUUUCUCCCACCUCUCUCUCUCUCUCUCUCUAUAUAUAUAUAUAUAUAUGUACUAUAUAAUUGUUAUAUGAAUUUGGCUAUGGUGAGAGUAUGAAUUUGGUAACACUGUUUUGACAUAGAAGUGAAAUAUAAAGGCUUGUUUAGUUGAGUUUACUAUUGAGAACCAUCAAACAAACAUUUUAGACCUUCAGUACCAGUGAACAGUGAUUUCACAGUUUAUUGUUUGUUUAAAAAUGGUUUCACAUAUUUCUCUUAUAUUCAGAAAGCACGGACUACUUUUGAAGAGCGAUCUAAGAACCAAUUAACUUUAUCUCGAUGGAAGCUUUGUUAAUGCUCACCUUUUAGCUUGUGUGCACUUCAGUUUGUGUGUGCAUGCUUUAUGCUAGAUGAAGUACCAAUAGAACUCACCUUCAAAAUUAUCAUAAUUAAUUUGUUUUUUUGUUGCAGCAAAUAUUACUGGUAGUGAAGAAGGCUGAGAUUGUACAGGGGUGUGCUUGUUGUCCUUAGUGUUUCUGAACAGGAGCCUCACUUUGCACUAUUUGGAUGCUACUUUAAAUAAAGCUCAUGUUUACAUUUUAGUUUGGCUUUGAAUUAGUCAUCUAAAUUCGACAUUGUGAUAUACUUGAUUGUAUUGUACAUUUUCAUAAUACCUUGUGAUCUAUAGAAGAAUGUCUUUUCAACUCUAAUGCUCCUAUUCUAAUUGAUUAAAUUACUUAGCAGGAUAGAGUUAGCAAAAACUACUUUAUUCACUCCUAUUCCAAAAAGAAAAAGUCAGAAAAGCUCAUCUUUUAAUUAUUUGACAGAGUAAUUGAUUGAGAAUUAGGGUUUUAAUAAUUAUAUUUUUGUGUUCUCAUCCAAUUCAAGGAGGACUGUCUACAUGCGUGUGCACACACACAUUAGUAGGCCAACUCCAUUUACCAGUAACUGUGAAAACACUGCUGACUGUGCUAUUGAACUGUUGUAAGUUCUUUAACGGAUAGCCCACUUGUCUUUUAAGUUCUUAUCAUUAUAUCUGUCAUCAUCAUUAUCAUCAUUACUUAUACAUGUAGACUCAUUGCCUUUGUCUGUCUAUAUGAAAAUUCAGUGAGUCAAGCCCGUGUAUAACAUUUUUAUCAAGAAAAGGAAAGAAUAUCAGAAGGAAAAGGAACAGGAAAAGGAAAAGAGAAAACAGCUAGUAUAUGUUCUUUGCCACCUUUUAUAUGAAUUUUCUUAUGAACUGGGCUUUGUAAAAUAGAUAUUAGGAUUUUUUGGUAACACUUCUUUUUCAGUAGAUAGAUAUGGAAAAUGAAGAAAUUGUUAUUAUUUUCAUGAAUAUGUAAAAAUAUUUUAAUUUGUUUUUGUGCCCUUGUCAUAUCGUGUUCAUUUUUUUUUUGGAAUAAAUUGUCAUGUGGGCAUGUCCGUGUUGUGCCGCGUCCAUGUCUAAUUCUCAUAUCUGGCUUCUUUGUCUGUUAGUGCAGUUCAACAGACCCUGCAACCUGUAUUCUUUUAAAUUUUGAAAUUGGGGCCUUUCAUGAGAGGCUUUAUUCUCAUGCAUUUUUUUAAACUCCGGAUCCAAUCCUCACUCAAACACAUCCUAAUUUGUUGAAAUUUGAACAGGCCCACUAUAAGACCCAAUUAGAUCCUACGUAGAAGAAGUGAAGAAACUUUGUACUACGUGUCGUAAAUAUGCCAAGUGAAAGAGCUCUGAUAAAUGUACCUUGAUUUUGACAGAAGGUGUUUCAGCGAAGGCACUUGCGGGUAUGUACGUGCUCAGUAAUGUGGCAUCUGGGAAUGAAUUCCACAAGAAAGCAGUCAUUGACCAACUUUUCCCACAAAUAGGUGACAACAUCCAAUCAAUUAUGAUCAAGCUUUUGCAGAGUAAUGACAGCAGGUUACGCACAGCUUGUGUCUGGACUGUCGUAAAUCUCACCUUUCCAAGUAGUCCCGGUGCACAUAGUCGGGUUGCAAAAUUACAGAAUGCCUGCAUAACUUCUCAAUUAAAGGAUAUGGUCAAUGAUCCUUGCCUCGAUGUAAAGAGGCAAAUGUCAGUGGUGCAAAUCGAGCACAGUGAGACGAUGGAGCGAGGGAAGCCGAAGCCCGGUGGCCUCAGCGACCCUCAGUUGGGUACUAUUGACCGAAAGAUGAAGUGUGAGACCUUCCCCUCUCCCCCUUUUGCUCCCAGUACUCUGCCUGUUUCGCCUGUGAGUCUUGACGUUCUUGAGGGAAUAAUCCUUGAUCAUAAUAUUUACUAUUAAGAAUAAAAAUGGGCUCUGUAGUUUCUACAAAGGUACAACAUAACUUAAGCACAAUGCACCCCUCUAUAUGCAAAUGUUUGUUGGAUGGGAAGUGUUUGAUUGGGGUGGGGUAUAUUCAGCUGUAUGUGGAUGUGUUUAAGAGUAGCAAUUGUAAUUUACUGUAAUGCAUUUUUUUUUCCUUUGCCAUGAAUCAUUGGCAUUCUAAAUGUCAUUUUAACUUUUGAUCUCUGUUAUUAACAGGUGGAACCUGCUACCCUCGUUCCAUUGGCCAAUGGAUGCAAACAAGUAUUUCUGGUAAAUAUAUGAUAGUAGUUCUGGGGUAGACCUUCCCCCAAAACUCAUUACAGUUUAACAUCUGAUGAUGUAAUGUGUGUUUUUUUAUUUUUGUCAAUAUCAAAUGGUAUUAUGGUCUUACAAUAACUACAAAGGCAAUAAAAUAAGCAAAAGCACAUAAGCUAAUAAGAUAUGUUAGGUAAAUGUUUUCUGAAAGGAGUUGUUGCUGCUUUGAAAUAAAUGUUUUUCAGAUGGCUUUGUCCAAACAGUGCCAAAAUUGGCACUUGGAAGCAACUAAAUAGGAUUAGCAAUAGCUUUGCUCUCAAUAUGGGUGAUUUAAACUGUAGGUAUGAUUCCCAUAGAGUGCCCCUGUACACGAAAAUUGUUCAAACUCUAUCUAUGCAAGUUACUAUUAAGUUGGUGAUUAUUAAUUGUAGUUGUUGAAUUAUGCACAAGUGAAUAUGCAUGUGAACUACAGUUUCACCCCCUUUUUUAGAGUUUUUUCGUAGACUUUGCUAUGCCUGCUUUACCAUUUAGUU